AUGGUUUUCAAUUAUAAAAGUAUAGAUCCUUGGCCAAUAUUAUCAAAUCCGCAUGAAGGGGGUAAAGGGAAUACUAAUAACCUUGUAUCCUCUACAUGUAAAUAUAUUUGUAAAAAAGAUAGUCUAGGUGAUGGUCAUUUCAGUACAGUUAAGGAAUGUAUAAACAGACAAACAAACGAUAUAUUUGCCAUGAAGUUGGUCCGUAAGGAUUUAUUAGUUAACAAAAUACGUUUAAUUCAAAGAGAAGUUGGUAUUUUAAGAUAUUUAAGACAGGAAGUUGUUAGACUCGAACAAGAACCAGAAACUGAUAACAAGCAAGGGAAAACUGAUUUUUUCCGCAAUACUGCCAUUUUUGAAGGUCAUCAUCAUAUUUUACAAUUAUUUGAUUUUUUUGAAACUAAGGAUCAUAUUGUGUUAGUUACCCAAUUGUGUAACAAAAGAGAUUUGUACGAUGUUAUUAUAGAGAGUGGGAAAUUAGACUUGGAAAGACAAGUUAAGCCAUAUACAGCAUGUUUGUUGAGCGCUUUACAGUUUUUGCACGAUCAAGGGAUAGUACACAGAGACAUUAAAGCUGAGAAUAUUUUGUUUAGAAAAAAAGAUGUUGCCAAAGUUGAUAAGUUUACCGAGAAUAUAAAUCCUCAUCAUCUGCUUAACAGUAAGUAUGAUUUAGCUUCACAUGAUUUGAUCAUUGCUGAUUUUGGUUUGGCAACUACUAUUAGCAACGUUGUUGAUUUAAGGGAGUAUGUGGGAACUAUUUCAUAUAUAUCACCACAAAUAGUCAGGUGCAAAGGUGCCGGUGAGUCAUGUGAACCUUAUGAUUAUAAAGUUGAUAUUUGGGCAUUGGGUGUUUUAAGUUAUUUUAUGGGGUUUGGGUAUAUGCCUUUUGAUUGUGAGACUGACAAGGAAACUUUGGAUUGUAUUGCUACUGGGGAUUAUUAUUUGGAAGAAACCGAUACCCCUCCAGGGACAGAGGAUGAACUUUUUAUUAGUUUUUUGAAACAGACUUUUAUUGUAAAUAGUAAAGAAAGACCAAGCGUUCAUCAAUUAGCCUGUCAUCCAUUUGUAAGCAAGUUUUUCGCCACCAUCAAUGGAAGUUAUGAUAAUAAGAUACCUCUGUAUAACAAUGAGAACAUUUCUACCGGUAAUAUUAACAAUUCUUCGAACAAUACGAGUAAUCUUAAUAACACUCUAGGAUUAACGAGCAAAUCCAAGAGAUGUAAGUCAUCCACCUCUUUGAGGAGACUAGGAUCACCAAGCAGAACUAGUAGUAUAUAUCAUACUGGUGCAACUAACUUUACUAGUAGCAGCAGCAACAAUAGUAGCACCACAAGUAUUAAAGAUAUGGCUACUAGUAGAAAGCGUCAUGAUCAGGAAAUGGAGAAAAUAUCCAAAAUAAGAGACACUUUAAAAAGAACACUUUCUAUGAAAGCUUUAUCACAAGGAGAGCCUUUGUCAAAUAAAAACUUGCAUAGUACAUUUAAAAUUGGACCAGGAUUACCAGAUAAAUAUUUGAUGAAUGGUGUUUACAGUGUUACACCUGAAAGUAGUUCUAAUUUCAACACUUCUCCAGAAUUAUCAAGAACGAGUUCACAACUUAUGAUUAUACCUGGUACCUCCACCACUGUUUCCACUUCCAAUGGUAGUGUGAUGGAUAAUGAUAAUAAUAAAAAUGCUUUAAUGAAUUCUUUCGGUAAUGUAGUUACGCCUAGCUUGACAGUGACUCCUACUGCUGCCACUUCUGUCACCAACGGCAACUCUAUAAAUGCUAAUCCAAAAUUACAUGAGACUCCCAAAUUUAUCAUUUAG